AUGUGGAUGGCUCUUGUGCCAAAUAUUGAAGAAACAUUGGAAGAUUGUGCUACAAAGUGUUUGGUUGAGCUUGUUUCCCAUAGUCUCGUCGUAGUGUGUAAGGAGAGCACCAUCCUUCGUCGAAAGGUGAAAACUUGUCGCCUUCAUUCUUCCCUGUGGCACUUUUCUAAGAUGGAAGUUCGCAAGAACAAGUUCUUCAGUGUCCUAAGUAGCCGGGCACUAUGGUCUUGGAGAAGAUGUGUUGAUACAUUAGAAGAUGAAUGUGCAAUUACUGCCCGUUCUCUCCUAAGUGUUGGUCCGUAUCAUCGCCAUCCAGUACCCUUAGGCUUCGGUUUGAGGUUUCUCAGAGUACUCAAAGCUCUUUCGAUCCGAUUAUAUGAGUUUCCAACGGAAGUGUUGGAACUAGUCCAGUUAAGGUACCUUGCCCUUGCGUACAAUGGAGAUCUCCCUGGUUCCGUGUCCAGACUCUUUAACCUUCAGUUCUUUAUUAUCCAUCACCAUCUGACCAUUAUAUCGAAUCCAUGUCAAUCUUAUGUGCCUCUAGAGAUAUGGGAUAUGCAAGAACUAAAGCAUCUACAGAUAAUGGGAAGCGAGCUACAAGAAACUAGUUGUGGCGCGUUCUUGGAAAACCUCCGAACACUUUUAGAUGUGAGCGUUGCUAGCUGUACCAUAGGGGUUCUUCACAAAAUCUCCAAUCUAGAAAAGCUUGGUAUCCAAAUUGAGUUGGUGCCAGAUGAUGAUGAUGGUAAACCUUUUCAAUGUUUGAAUCAAAUUUCUAGUCUUAAUAAACUGAAAUCAUUUAAAUGUACUGUUCUGAAUCAUGAGCUAAUGCCCGAGCCUGGGUUUGCUGCUCCUCUUCCGAUGUUCCCAUCGAGUCUAGUAAAGUUGCAUUUGAGCGGGCUGUGCUAUCCUUGGGAAUAUAUGGAUACUGUUGGUUUGUUGCCGAAGCUCCAUGUGUUGAAACUGAAAUGCUAUGCCUUUCGAGGCCCAAAGUGGGAAGUCGACGACUUCAAAUUCCAAAGGCUGAGGUCUCUCGUGAUCGAGGAUACGGAUUUGGUUGAGUGGAAGGUGGGAAGUGGAUGCUUCUCUAGGCUUAGGCAUAUCAGCAUAAAACAUUGCUACAACUUGGAGGAGUUCCAAUGGGAUUAUGAUUAUUAUUUAUAG